AUGUCCAACACCAACAACCACAACCAGCUUCCAGCCAUGCCCGUCAACGCCGGACUCGACAAUGACGAUGGCCGUGUCAGCAACGAAGACAUCCGCAAAUACGUUGCAGACUCAGCGCAGCAAAUGUCCUUCCGAUGCUUAUUUCCCCAGGAAGUCCACGACAGAAUGUGGCAGCUGUUCAAGAUGACAGUCCGCUUCACCCAGAGGGAAAUGGAACAGGACUUGAGCUUUGCGCCACUGGCCGUUACCAGGGAGUUUCUCAAGAAGGAACACCAUGCCUACGUCCUUGACAGGGAAAAAUGGGCUACCGAAGAGAGGAUCAUGGGACUCAGGAGACAGGAGCUGGCAAUCGAAAGGCAGUGUAUCGCUGCAGAGAAGGCUGAGUUGAAUGACCAAAAACGGAAGUUGGCCGCCGAACGACUCCAGCUCGAGGCGAAGAAGAAAAUUGCCAGGGCUGGAUUGGAAGUUCUGGUUGUCACGGUGCCUCCUGUGAUGUCAUUUCCUGAGCAGAGAAGCUUACUCGUCGACCGACGAGUACCCGUGGCAAUAAGCUCGACAUCACAAGAAAAAGACGUAGAGGUACACAUCGAGCACGAACCAGGACCGCACAACGAGAACGCCCAGGACACCCUCACCACCCAAAAGCAAGCCCACAAACGAACCAGAUCACAGGCCGGGCUUGACGAGAACCUUGACCUACCUCUACCUCUACCGCACCAAAAUGUCAAAUACUUCGAGCCCGGCAAACCAACCCCAGUGGCCAUCACCCAACUCGAAGCCUGCGUCAGCACCACCACCAAGGUUGUCGACCUCCACAUCCUCAAGAGGCCCUAUGUGAUGGUUAGGCCCAGCCAACCCGACCCCAACAUCCACACGCCACUCAUCACAUCCGUCCUAUCCAGCCUCUUCGCGCCAGGAAUUGAACGAAGGCUGAAGUACUGA